GGCCGACACAUUAACACACUGACGCUCCGCGCGCUCGCAUCCAGACGCCACGAGAAUGUCACAUUUGAAAGUUAUACGCGGCAAUUUUGCGCGGCAACUCUUAAAUAUCGCGCCUAAAAAAAGUGCAAAGAAAACUAAAUUGAACAGGGUGUUUUCACAGACGACACAGCCAUGUAUUUUGAGUAGACACUUUGCUACCCAAACUGUACCUGACUUGGACACGAAAAAAUGUAUGAACUCUCCUUGGGGCGAAAUACAAGUUGGAAAUGAAACACUGACAGAUUUUAUUUUUGAAGAUUUUGAAUUAUGGGCGGACAAGCCAGCGGUGACAUGCGGCGUGUCCGACCGCGGCUACGAGUACGGCAUGCUGCGCAUGAUGAUCGAGCGAUGCGCAAACGCAUUGCUCGGGCCCGUGCGCCUGAGUCCCGGCGAGCGCAUCGGCCUCAUCCUGCCGAAUAUUCCCGAAUUCGCUGCCCUCAUUUACGGCGCCAUGCGGGCUGGCUUAGUUGUGACCUUUGCCAACCCUUUGUAUACAGCUGACGAAGUAAAGCGCCAGUUCUCUGACUGCAACGUGAAGGCGAUAGCCACCAUAGAGAUGUUCAUGCCGGUGGCGAAGGAAGUCGGCGCUUCGCUUCCGGACUAUAAGGGAACCAUUUGGGUUGGCGGGGAAGACGAUAGUACCCAAGGAAUCUUCGGGCUCCGUUCCCUGCUCAUGGGCGACCAUAAGGCAGACUUGCCGACAGUGAACGCCGACGAUGUCUGUCUCAUCCCCUACUCCAGUGGUACCACCGGUAUGCCCAAAGGAGUGAUGCUGACACACAAGAAUCUGGUAUCUAACAUCAAGCAGGUGCAAGUGCCCAAGAUCAUGAAGUAUGGCGGGGAGAAAGGAAAAUGUGACGUGGUUUUGACUGUACCCCCAUUCUUCCAUAUUUAUGGAUUCAACGGGAUUUUGAAUUACAAUUUGAGGCUCGGGUUCCACCUUGUUUCCAUGCCGAGGUUCACAUCUGAAGAUUACCUGAAAUGCUUAGUAAAAUACCAACCAGACACCCUAUUCGUAGUGCCCUCGCUCCUAGCGUUCCUCGCGACCCACCCGCUGGUGAAGAAGGAACAUCUUCAGUCAGUCAGCACCAUCAUGGUGGGAGCCGCCCCCACUACCGAUAGUAUGCUAGAGAAGUUCCUGCUCAAGGUCGAUAAGACUAAGGAGGAGAUCACACUUUUGCAAGGGUACGGCAUGACGGAGAGCUCGCCGGUGACGCUGAUGACGCCGUACGUGUACCCGUUCAGCAAGGUGGGGUCGGUGGGGCAGCUCGUCUGCAGCACGCAGGGCCGCGUGCUGUCGCUCUCCGGCGGGGACAUGCUGGGCCCGCACAAGUCGGGGGAACUUCUGCUGAGGGGCCCGCAGGUGAUGAAAGGCUACUGGAAAAACGAGGCGGCUACCAAGGAAACCAUCGACAGCGAAGGCUGGCUGCACACGGGCGACGUCGCGUACUAUGAUGAGGACCACUACUUCUACAUCGUCGACCGCACGAAGGAGCUCAUUAAAGUCAAGGGAAAUCAGGUAUCCCCCACGGAAAUAGAGAGCGUGAUAAUGGAGCAGCCGGAGGUGGCGGACGUGGCGGUGGUGGGGAUGCCGGACGCGCUGGCCGGGGAGGUGCCCAAGGCCUUCGUCGUGCUGAAGCCCGGCCACACGCUCACCGAACACCAGGUCACCGACCUCGUCGCCCAGAAACUCACCAAGUACAAACAUCUGCAGGGAGGAGUCGCCUUCAUUGACGCCAUCCCGAGGAACGCCGCUGGCAAAAUCAUGAGGAACGAACUUAAAGUGUUCGGCAAGAAGAAAUAAUCACACUCUUAAUAGUAGCUUUGAAAAUUGUGUUUUGUGAUGUUAGUUUAUAUAAUUUACAUAUACAGUAUCACGUCUUUAUCCCUAAUGGGGUGGACAGAGUCGGGAGGCUCGUAGGCCAUGUUUGGUGCAUAGCGGGCCUAUUGAUGGAAUUGAGAUUCUCAAAAAGGCAAGAGGAUCGCCCAUAGUGCAGGAGAAAUUACUACAGUUUAUAGCCGUUUCUCUUUAUUUACUUUUACAAUCUGCAUGAAAAGCAAUUGGAUUACAAAAGCUUUGAUUUAUUUACGGAUUAUAACUCGAGGCAUAUGCAUUGUAUAUGCAAUAUACUGAUAUCUAAGUGGUGAUAUUGUAUUUUACUUAUAGUGAUUAUCUAAAGUUAUUUAUAGUGUUUUAAUAUGGUGAUAUAGUUUCUAUUGUAAAUACCUAAAAUUUGUAAAUAGGUGGAUAGUACAAUGUAGUUAUUAAGGUUUAGGAUUUCUAUAUUAGAAAUGUUUUAUUUUUUAUAUUAUAUAGUUAAAUUAUAAUUGUUAUUAUAUUUAGCAUAAAUAUUAAAGUUUUAUAAAAAUAAAA